GGUAUCUGCUGUGAGCUCCUCCUCUUGUGAUGAAGCUCUGCUGUUCUUCAAGAUUCACUCAUUCUGCUUGAUUUCAUGAUGGAGAGCUCUUAUAUUCUGCUCUUCUGGAUCGGUUCUCUGCUGCCAGGGCCUCAGACGUGCUUUAAUAUCGACACACGACAUGCACGAAUCAUCCAGGGUUCAAAGGAGGCUCAGUUUGGAUACACGGUUCAACAGCAUGAAGCCGGAGGCCAGAAAUGGCUCUUAGUUGGUGCUCCAUUUGAGAACACCAGUAAACAGCAGACGGGUGAUGUCUACAGAUGUCCACUAGAUAACAAACCUCUGACCAACUGCACACGACUGAAUCUGGGAGAGAUUUCCAUGAAGAAUGUGUCUGAGCGUAAAGAUGGAAUGAGGUUAGGAAUGACUCUUACAUCCAAUCCCAAAGACAACAGCUUUGUGGUGUGUGGUCCGCUGUGGUCUCAUGAAUGUGGAAGUUCAUAUUACAGCACAGGUGUCUGCUCCAGAGUCAACAGCACAUUUAACUUCACUUACAGCAUCGCUCCAGCAUUUCAAAGAUGUGAAACUUACAUGGACAUAGUGAUUGUGUUAGAUGGAUCAAACUCUAUCUACCCCUGGUAUGAGGUUCAAGAUUUCCUCAUAAAUGUCCUACAGAAGUUCUGCAUUGGUCAAGGACAGAUCCAGGUGGGAAUCGUUCAAUACGGAGAGCGAGUCGUCCAUGAGUUUCAUCUGGGUGAAUUACGUACGGUCGAUGAAGUCGUAGCCGCUGCUAAAAACAUCGAGCAGCGAGGUGGAGAAGAAACUCGUACGGCUCUCGGGAUCAACGUGGCUCGAACUAAAGCAUUUCAACACGGAGGUCGUCCAGAUGCUAAGAAAGUCAUCAUUGUGAUCACAGACGGUGAGUCGCACGACAGCCCAGACUUAAAGGACGCGGUGGAGAAAAGUGAGAAAGACAACAUCACCCUGUAUGGUAUUGCCGUUCUUGGCUACUAUAAUCGGAGAGGGAUCAAUCCUGAGGCGUUUCUGAAAGAAAUCAAAUUCAUAGCCACAGAUCCUGAGGAACAUUUCUUUAGCGUGACAGAUGAAUCUGCUCUUAAAGAUAUCGUCGAUGCUCUGGGAGAGAAAAUCUUCAGUUUGGAGGGUAUCAUCCAGAAUGAGACAGCUUAUGGUUUGCAGAUGUCUCAGGCUGGAUUCUCCUCACAUAUCGUGGAGGAUGGGAUUCUGUUCGGUGCUGUCGGGGCGUAUGACUGGAACGGAGCUGUUCUGAAAGAGACCCGUCAUGGUAAAGUCAUCCCACCCAAAUCAUCUUAUCUGAAAGAGUUCCCAGAGGAACUGAAGAACCACGGCGCUUAUCUGGGGUACAUGGUGUCCUCUGUGGUUUCGGCUCAAGACGGGGAGCUGUACGUCGCCGGUGCUCCUCGAUUCAAUCACACAGGGAAAGUUGUGAUCUUCACCCUGAACAACAGAGGAAACCUGACGAUGCUUUACUCUCUACACGGACAACAGAUCGGGUCGUAUUAUGGCAGUGAGUUGGCACCUGUUGAUCUGAAUGAUGACGGUCUGACGGAUCUUCUCCUGGUCAGCGCUCCCAUGUACUUUAACAGAGGAUGGGAGACGGGUCGUGUCUACAUCUACACCAUUAACUCAGAGGGACAUUUUAUCACAGCUGGCACUCUUGGUCCAUCCGAACAGACUCAGGAUUCUCGAUUUGGUGCGGCCAUGUCGACUCUACCGGACCUGAAUGGAGACGGCUUCAGUGAGCUGGUGGUGGGCGCGCCGCUGGAGGAAAACCACAAGGGGGCGAUCUAUCUGUUCUAUGGCAAACAAAACAACAUCCAUCCCAUACACAAACAGAGAAUAUCUGCUAGUGAUAUCUCAUCGGAUCUGCAGUAUUUUGGUCGUAGUGUUCAUGGUGCGAUGGAUUUAAACAGCGAUGGUCUCAUUGAUCUGUCUGUGGGCUCUUUAGGGGCCGCAGUUCUGCUUUGGUCUCGUAGUGUUGUUCGUGUGGGGAUCAGUGUGAACUUUGAACCAUCAAAGGUUAACGUGUUUAAUAAAGACUGUAUCAGAGGCGGACGUGAGGUCUCCUGCAUGCUGGCCACAGUUUGUCUCAACAUCACGGCACGAACACCAAUGUCACAUCCAAAAACAGUCGCCCUGAGAUCCAGCUGUGGGUUUGAGGAGAACAGAUAUUUCCCUCGAGCUGUGUUUGAUGAUACAGACCUGCAGUCCAGAGACAUCACAACACAACCGGACACACAAUACUGUCAACAAGUCUUCUUCCACGUACAUGAGGUGACAGAUUACACACAACCACUGAUCUUUACUGUAAAUGUUGAGCUGAUAAACAUACAAGAGGGUCCGGUGCUCGAUGAUGGCUGGCCCACCAGUCUGACAUCACAUCUUCCAUUCUGGAAUGGUUGUGAUGAUGAUGAUCGCUGUCUUCCAAAUCUCAUCCUACAAAGCAGCUCUGAUUUAUUAGAUCAUAGGCAGUUCUGUGGUCAUGAUGAGAGGUCUGGGUGGCCGCUGUGUCUCCAUCAGACGAUGAGAGAGAUGAAUGAGAGAUUGAUAGAAGCCAGCAGGAGGAGAGUUCUGGUGGAGGCACAUUUAGAAAACAGAGGAGAGAACGCAUACAACACACUUCUACAUGUCACACAUUCAUCAAACCUCAUCUUCUCCAGUCUGGUGGUGAAGGCAUCUUCAGAUAUUGACAUCGAGUGUCAGAAGUUUGACAGUCUAAACACUUAUCGUAUCUGUAACAUCAGUGCUCCCUUCAUGAGGUCAAACGCUCAGGUGUAUUUUCGUCUUGAGUUUGAGUUCAGCAGGACGCUUUUCUUGAAUUAUAUUCAGAUCACAUUAAGGGUCUCCAGUGAAGGUGAUGAGAUCUCUCCAGAGGACAACAUCAAUGACAUCUAUCAUACCCUAAAAUAUGAAGCAGAUAUUCUCUUCACACGAGAUUCCAGUCCAUCCCGUUUUGAGAUUAAACCCGGUCUUGCUGAGAGUUUUCCGAUCGGAAUGGGUCCAGGUUUCAAUCUGUCCUAUCAGAUUCAGAAUCUUGGUUUGUUUCCCAUAUCUGAUCUUCUCCUCACACUUAAUGUCUUUGCUGUGAUGAGAAAUCCUGAAUCUCUCCUGCACAUCUCAGAUCUAGACAUUGAUCAGAUGUUUGGAUCUCAUUGUAAUGUUCCACGUGUUAUCACUGCUGGCUCUUCUUCUCAUGAGGAUCACUCGCUCAAACCACACAUGAACUCAUCGUCCUUCAUCACUGAUGAAUUAUUUGCUCAGUGCAGAAUUAAUCUGUAUCCUCAGAGAGAUGUGACCGUCACUGCGGCCGGAUUCCUCAAUAUUCAUACCAUCUCAGAUAUGAAGUUUAAAAAGCUGGAGUUGAUAAUAACAGCAGCGGUGGAGCUGAGCUCGUCCAGUCCGAUGUUUCUUCAUGAGGAACGACCUGUGAGACAUAUAAUUCUGGAGAUCAGAAAGGAAGAAGAGUUCAGAAUUCCCAUCUGGGUGAUCAUUGGAAGCUCUCUGGGUGGACUGCAGCUCCUCGCCCUGCUGAUUCUGGCACUCUGGAAGCUUGGAUUUUUCCACCGGCAGAAGAGAAAGAGAGACGAACAGGUGACCAAUGAGAAGAGUGCAGAGGAUUGAUAAUGUCAUAGCAACCGCAUCAUGACCUCCUCUAUAGCCAAUCACUCAGGGACUCUCUAGAGACCAGCGGCAAUCAACCAAUCAGCUGCUCUCAUGCACUGCCACGCCCUCCUGCACUCUGACAAGGAACCAAUCAGAUCGCUUUCCUUUGGCUAAGCUGCUGUGCUAAUUUGAAUAAAUGUGAAAAUGCUUUCAUACAAGGCUUAAACUAAAGCUAGUCUAAGAGAAAUGAACAAAUCAAAUAAAAAUAAAGUUAUCGACAACAAAAAAUAAAAAUCUCCUCAGUGAGAAGAGCUGACAAACAAUUAAAUCCACCUCAGACAGAUCAUUUUUAUAAUGAGGAUGAAAAUGUUUGUGUAUUAUUUUACAAACCUCAGAUUGUGACCGAAAUCCUCACAGUAUUGCAGUGUUUGAUUUGCAACAGCACAAAUUCAGCCUAAUGCAUUUGCACAUUGUAAACUUGAAGUUUGUAAAUAGUUUAGCCAUACAAUGUUAAAAAUAAUUAAAUAUUUAAUCCUCAGAUUAUUCAUUUCAUGCACCUUAAUGCAGGUUUCACAUUUAGGAUCUGUUCAAGACUUAAAGAUAUGCUUUUGUGUCAGGCAUCAAUAUUUAUACAGUAUACACGCUACCUGUAAACGGUGUCUGGAUGAGAAAACAUAUAUUUGUUUUCAUCUUUUGAAACUGAUGUACUUAGAAAUCAAAGGUGCUUAAAAGAAGUUGAAAUAACAAAUACCAUUGACAUUUUUCUAACUGGUUUCAAAUAUUGUCUGUAUGUAUAAAAGCGCACAUUUUAAAGAUGAAAUGAUCCUGCUUUAUUUUAUACAAAUGUACACAUUUUCAUGAGUCAAUCUGAGGACAUGAAUACUAUAAAUAUAUUCAUAAAUAAAUAUAAAUAUUGUUUUAAAUGAAGUUGAUCAGACUGCAGGAUUUGACUGUCCGUGUUUCACAGUAAUAAUAUCACAAUUCACUUUAGACACAGUGACAACUUUACAGUCACUUACUUUAAUUCUUGAUGUGAAAGAUUUUAUUGUAUAGAGAUUACAGAAAACGUAAUGUUUUCUUUGUGUGUGUGUGUCUGAGGAGAAGAUCGUACAAUUGCACUUGUAAAGGAAAUUUAAAUAUUUAUAUAAACCUGCAUAUGAGAUCUGAAUAAAAGCACUGUGUGAACUA